UUUCAAAUAUGGCGGCGAAUUUAAGUCCUUGACAUUUUUCAUUCGGGAAUCUUAUCUCCCGAAGUGUCUUGUUCACCAUGGAGGAAGAAACACCAAGCCUGGAUCAAAUAGUUAGUCAUACUGAACAGGCUUUGUACACCCUGUACAGUGAUCCAAACCUCGUGAACAAGGAGUCAGCUCACAAAUGGCUUUUGGAAAUACAGAAGUUACCACAAGCUUGGCAAGUAUGCUGGAAAUUGAUGCAAAAUGAUAAGGCCCCAGAAGUCCAAUUUUUUGGAGCAUCUUUACUACACUACAAAAUAACCAAAUAUUGGUCUGAGCUCCCGGAAAAUCAAUAUGAACAAUUAAAGUCAGAAGUAAUUCGUUAUGUUAUCACAUUUUGUAAUGGAACCAGGAUUGUACUAACAAGAUUAUGCAUUGCGCUAGCUGCAUUUGCCAUACAGACAAUGCCUAGACAUUGGUCGAAUGUUGUAAAGGAUCUUGUCAAAAUAUUUGAAGAAGCCAGCAAUGCGCAGUGUACUGAUUUAAGACCCAUUCUUCUCGAAGUUUUGACCGUUUUACCUGAAGAGUUUCGUUCAUCAGACUUCAUGAAUGUUCGUCGUGCAGAAUUACGUCACGAGCUUCAGUCAUCCGUUCCUGUUGUGGUAGAAGUUCUUGCGAGUGCUUUGAUGUCAGAAACCUCCGUCAAACUACAGGCGUUAAGGUGUUUGAUAAGCUGGGUGCAAUUUGGUGUGUCGUUGUCUGAUGUUGAUAUCCUGGAACCGAGUCUUAUGUUAUGUCUUAAAGAUGAAGAGCUGUUCGACACUGCUGUCGAUGCUUUGAUCGAAAUAAGCACAUGUCCUGAUAGUUACAGGGAACCAACAUAUGUUAGAAAAUAUAUAAAACGAGCUGUCGAAUUGGGAGACACACUCAAAACUGCAUUUCUGUCCAAUGAUGGGGACAAAGCUGUUGGGUUGUGCAGAUUUCUUGUUGCCCUCGGUGAAACGCAUUCAAAGAUAUUAUUGAGCAGCAGUAAGCCAGAGGAACAACAAAUCUCGGCGACUUUUAUCAGCCUGAUAUUAGAUUGUACAAACUGUCCUGGAUAUUACCCUACUGAUGAACUAUGUAGUGAAAUGACGUUUACAUUUUGGUGUUCGUUCCAGGAUGAAAUCGAGUACGCUGAACCAGAUGUUCUGCCUCAAAAAAAACAGGACUAUGGAUCACUUUAUAUCGGUUUGACACAAGUAUUACUAAAGAAGGCACAAUAUCCUCCCGAUUCUGAAUGGUCGGGUUAUAAUGCAGAGGAAAGAGAGCAGUUUCGCUGCUACCGACAAGACGUGGCUGACACUAUGAUGCACACUUAUCGUUUACUUCGUGAGCAAUGUCUUAACAUUCUUCAUGGACAACUAUCCGAGGCGUUAUCUAGUUCUCAAACUUCGUGGCAGGUCGUCGAAUCAAUUCUGUACUUGAUCCAAUCCGUGUCAGGUUAUGUGGAGGCCACGGAAGAUACAUAUCUACCGGCAAUUUUAGCCAUGUUUCCAAAAAUACCAUCUCAUCAUUUGGUCUCACAGACUGCUCUGUUGAUGAUUGGUUCAUAUUGUGAUUGGUUGAAAUGCCACCCUAUGUUGCUGAAGUCGGUUAUCCCUGUGCUAUUGGACAGUAUAUCUGAUGUUACACUAACAUCCGCUGCCACACAAGCAUUGCGGGAUAUUUGUCAGGAGUGUUCACGUGACCUCGACCGGGAGAGUCUUAUCGCAAUAGUCAAUAAAUGUCAGAUUGCGUUGAAUGAGUCCACGUUAAAGGAUCGAGAAAUAAUCCGUUGCAUGGAAUGCCUUGGCCAUGUUCUUGCCGUCCAACCAGUUGCGGAUAUUAUGAACUCUUUGGAAACAGUUGUUGCUCCACAUAUCAUAUUUCUCACUGAGUUGGCAGGAAUACAGCCAUCAACGUCAAUCAAACAGAAAGUUUACAUUGAAAUCCAGCUAUUCGCGAUACUGUUUAAGUGUUUAGACCCUGAAGAUCUUGGAGAUAAACAGCAUCCGGUUUAUUUGGUGUUGGAGAAAGUAUUCUCGCCGCUAGCCACACUCGGGAAAAUGUGGAUUGAUGAUAUGGAGGUCCCUCAGAUCGUGUGUCUAUGUCUUGAACGUGCAAUUGGUUCUGUUAGAGAAAAUAUGGGUGGCCUGGUAUCGAGUAUUGUGGAGUUAUUGGUUGACCUUCAUGCGAAAAAACCGCGAAGCUGUGUUCUUGAUACAGCAGUUAUAGUUCUUGGGAUGUAUUCAAAAGAAAGUCAACACCAGAAGGUUAUGCUCAUUUUUUACGAGAAAAUGACAUUAUCGACAUUAGAGUUGUUGGAGAAAGAUUUCGCUAACAAUCCCGAUGUCAUACAAUCGUUUAUGCACUUUCUCACUCGGGCAAUACGCAGUAAUCCUUAUAUAAUGUUUGGGACAAACAACUUACAUAACAGCUGUUUUCAAUGUGGUUUGACGGCGCUUACAAGACCUGAGAAUCAUACUGUAAAGGCCUGUUGUGGGUUUUUUGUCGCCUUUAUAAGAUGUUAUGAGAGUCAAGAGAAGGCCAGAGAGACCUUAGCACAUUCUGGACAACAUCUUGUAAACCAAAUACUACAGGGGGUAGGUGGGCGCGUACCUCGGUACCAUAUGGACAGUCUAGCUGAAAUUCUUAUGGCGUUGAAUGCCAAUUGUGUGGCAUUAUUAUCCACGUGGCUGCAGGACUUACUUCGCAUUGAAGAUUAUCCCUCAAAGUUAGUAACAUUAAAACAAAAGCAGCAGUUCACAAGUUCUGUAUUAAGGGAACGGGUACAUAAAAGAAGGUUAAAGGAAGUGGUGAAAGAAUUCUCUCUUAUGUGUCGUGGUUUGCAUGGAACAGCUUACGCCGCCGCCACGUAUUGAAAAUAAUUCGUAAGGUAUUAUUUUGACGUACUCAUCAACGGCUAUUUUUCACCAUAAUGCAAUUGAAAACUCGGCAGACUUCAAAGCGUCUAUUAAGAGGUUGCAUAUGGUUGCGUUCAUUUGAAGAGUUGAUGCAUGGCAUUGAACGAUUGUAUAUCUUUGUCAUCAUACCAUGCACAAAUUGAUGGCACAAAGACUUCAGCCAAGUCUCAAGGUCUAUUGAUCAUGUUUUCACUCAUUGCAAUUUGCAAGAACGUUCUCGCAGGAAAGUGAGCUUCAUAAUUUGGACAUGUUUAGAUAGAUAGUCUAGCUUGCGAGAACUCGCAGUGAAAUUUUUUUGCAAUUGAUGAAAAAGAAGUGCUUAUAAGGUAUAAUUCAAACUUGACAAUCAAGCGAAGCAGAGCAUUUUGCGAGGCAAAAAAUGUAAAUUCGGGUCACAGAAUAGUGGGAUAAAAUUUUGUAUGUCAUUUUCAUGACAGUGUGAAUAAUUAGGAGAGUGGUUUAAUUUUAUUGAGAUUUUUAAUAUAGUCUUGUUUAUACU